UGAUUUUUCUUAUAUUUUAGGGUUUUGCUAGGCGGCUGAGUCCUAUCUCCUUCAACAUCUCAAACCCUAGUCUGAAGUCGGAAUCCUCUUCACUCAGCAAUCAUGGGGAAGACACGUGGAAUGGGAGCUGGACGCAAGCUGAAGUCCCACCGCAGAAGACAAAGGUGGGCUGACAAGUCCUACAAGAAGUCACAUCUUGGUAAUGAAUGGAAGAAGCCAUUUGCCGGAUCUUCCCAUGCCAAAGGAAUUGUGCUUGAGAAGAUAGGUAUUGAGGCUAAGCAGCCCAACUCUGCUAUUCGUAAAUGUGCUAGGGUUCAGCUCAUCAAAAAUGGGAAGAAGAUUGCUGCCUUUGUCCCUAACGAUGGUUGCUUGAACUACAUUGAAGAAAAUGAUGAAGUGUUGAUUGCUGGAUUUGGUCGGAAAGGUCAUGCUGUGGGAGAUAUUCCCGGAGUCCGGUUCAAGGUGGUGAAGGUUUCUGGUGUCUCUCUCCUAGCUCUCUUCAAGGAGAAGAAGGAGAAGCCAAGAUCCUAAGUUGCCUCUUUUUUUUGUCAAAAUACUCUCGAGUGUGUAGUGGACUUUUAGCUAUCUUGAGUUUACUUUGUGAACUACUAUUAACUAGUUAUUGUACUGGAAUUUUGGUUCAUUUCUGUUGAGUUCUCAUAUUUACCUCUU